AUCGUUGUCUUCCAUUUUCGUGUUGUUCGCUUGCAAAAAAUUUCUGUUUCAUCGAUUUGCGUGAAAAUGUUGAGAGUUUUCUUUAGUAAAAAGCGAUAAAAUUUGUGGAAAAUUUGGCCAAAAACAAAGUGCAAUGUGAAGUGCAACAAGCGCAGCGAGAAUUUUAGAUGGAGUUAAAAUCUGAUGCAGAAAUAUUGUCAACAAAAUUUACACGCAGGUCAGAGAUUGAAGCUUCUUACAAAAACAUCUUCACGCGGACAUCUUCACUUCUAACUUCUUACUAUCUCUUUUGUGCUAAUUAAUAUAUAAGACGAAACAAAAAGGAGAAGUGCAAUAACAACAAAAAGAAAUAUAGUUAUAAGCAACGAAACCAAAUAUUUGGGUCUAUAAAACCCACAACCACCCCUAAAGGAAAGGAAAGGCUUUCAACCAACUAUUGGAAGAAGUUGGCUGGCCCUUUCAAAAUUCACAUCUUUUCUCACACCCACAUACACCUAUAAUCAUAAUAUAAUCCCCCUUCACCAUGAAUGUCGCCACAAUAUCAACCGUCUCCAAUGCCACACAGGCUGCUGUGGAAAGUAUACAAAAUCAUGGCCAAAAACAUCAAACCACCUAUAAAAUUGAAAUGCUCGACGACAGUAUGGCCUCAGACGAUGACGAUGAUGAUAUGAUCAGCAGUGAUGGUAGCAUUUUCGAUGAAAAUGAAUUGGCUGCCGUACAAGAUGAUCUAGCCAAUCAAUUGGCUGCUGCAGGACCAGUGGGUGUGGCGGCCGCCGCCGCCAUUGCAUCAUCGAAAAAACGCAAAAGGCAACAUUCGUUCGAAACGAAUCCGUCGGUGCGUAAACGACAACAGAAUAGAUUAUUGCGUAAACUGCGCGGUAUAAUCUAUGAAUUCACAGGACGUGUGGGUAAACAGGCUGUUGUGUUGGUUGCCACCCCAGGCAAACCGAAUACAAGUUACAAAGUGUUUGGUGCCAAACCUCUCGAAGAUGUUGUGCGUAAUCUUAAGAAUAUUGUUAUGGAUGAAUUGGAAAAUGCUUUGGCACAGCAAGCACCACCGCCGCCACAGGAGGACCCAUCGCUGUUCGAAUUGCCGCCUCUGAUUAUAGAUGGUAUACCAACACCGGUGGAGAAAAUGACACAGGCCCAAUUGAGGGCGUUCAUACCGUUAAUGUUGAAAUACUCCACGGGGAGGGGUAAACCCGGUUGGGGCCGUGAGGCCACCAGACCACCAUGGUGGCCCAAAGAACUGCCCUGGGCCAAUGUGCGUAUGGAUGCCAGAUCAGAGGAUGACAAACAAAAGAUCUCCUGGACCCAUGCCUUGCGUAAAAUUGUCAUCAACUGUUAUAAAUAUCAUGGCCGUGAAGAUUUACUACCCACAUUUGCCGACGAAGAUGAUAAAGUCUCCCAACUGAUCUCACACGAAGAAGAAGACGAGGAAGAAGAGGUGAUUGUACAGCCUGUCAAUAAUAACAAUAAUACUACCACUACCAUACAAACUGUAACAAAUGCUCCAACUAAUAAUACGACAACAACUAAUGUAAGGCAACAAGUAAAUGUGGUUAAAAUAAAUAGUUCGGGUACAGUUAUAACCACAACAAAUCCACACAAUCCAAAUAAUCCAGGACCGACGAUUAUACAGAGUACGAAUGAUCAGCAUAUAACAACAACGGCCAGAUUACCGGCAUCAACGAAAAUUGAAUUGUGUCCAGCACCGAUAACGCAAAUUACCACACAUCAUCAGCAGCAGCAGCAACAACACCACCAACAGCAGCAGCAACAACAACAUCAUCAGCAAACAACAGCAGCAUCAUCAGCAACAACAACAACAGCAGCAGCAUCAUCAGCAACAACAACAUCAUCAACAGCAGCAACAUCAUCAGCCACAACAACAGCAGCACAACAGCAUCAAACCCAUCAGACACAACAACAUCAACAGAUUCAUACAACAACGAAUGCCGCGCAGACCAUAGCCAAUGCCCAAGUGUGCAUAGAACCCAUGACACUGGGAGAUGUUGAUUACACCACUCAAACGGUUUUGUCUACCAUACAAAAUGCCGAUGGCACUGUGUCCCUAAUACAGGUUGAUCCAAAUAAUCCUAUUAUCACAUUACCAGAUGGUACAACCGCCCAAGUGCAGGGUGUUGCUACGCUUCAUCAGGGUGAAGGUGGUGCCACCAUACAAACUGUCCAAAGUCUUGCCGAUGUUAAUGGUCAUGAGAAUAUGACCGUUGAUUUAACCGAAGCCACUGUUGCCCAGGAUGGACAAAUAUAUAUAACAACUGAAGAUGGUCAAGGUUAUCCCGUUUCGGUUAGCAAUAUGAUCACCGUACCCGUCUCCGCUUCAAUGUAUCAAUCCAUGAUGGCCAAUAUACAGCAGAUUCACACAAACAGUGAUGGCACUGUGUGUAUAACACCAAUGCAGGUAGAUGCUUCUAACAACAACAACAGCAAUAAUGUUAAUAAUAAUAGUAGUAGUAGCAAUCAUGAUAAUGGCACAAAUGGAGGAAAUGAAGAUGAGACAAGUGGCAAUGGAAAUGGGGGUGGUGCUGGUGGUGUUCCUGUGACACCACAACAAUUCCAAUGCUAUUCAAUAAUGGCAGCAACACCCAUUGCCACGCAACGUUUGUUGGCCCAUGGUGGAUUGGGUCAGAGUCAUAAUCUGGUGCAGGCUUUAAAUUUUAACAGCAACAACAAUAACAAUAGCUGUAAUAGUAAUAGUAGUGGUAAUAAUAGUACCAACAGUGAUAAUAGCAGUAGUAGUAGUAAUUGUAACAACAAUACCGGUAGUACAAACAAUAACAACAAUAUACGUUGCCAAAUAAUAAAUGCAUCUAGUUUAGUAACAGCUGCAGCAGCAACAAACAAUUCUAGUCAACAACAAAACGCCCAACAGCAGCUACAACACCAUCAUCAGACCAUCAUAAAUCAACAGAGCCUAACAAAUGUUUUACAAAAUGCCGGGGCGAAAGUUUUUAUUGCCGCCAAUCCGGCCCAUUUGAAUUUAACAGCUGCUAAUUUGCUCAACAAUAACGAUGCCACAACGGCCAACAAUAACCACAUCAAUGUUAAAGCCAACAACAAUGGCCAAAUAAAAUUUGCCACUGCCUUGCCAAUUGUUGUUGCCACGGCCAAUGCACAGCAACACCCAACGGCAGCAGCAGCGGCUCUAAUUGCAACAACAGCUGGUGCUGCUGCUGGUGGAAUGGGAGUUACUACUGCUGGCAUGGCCAAUAAACAACAUCGUAGGCGCAAUCAUGGCCCUGCUGCAGACACGACAAACAACUGCAAUAAUAGUAACAACAAUUAUUUGAAAACCGGCCAUAAACGUCGUAAACACAACAAUAUGAGCCAAGUUGUUGUUGUGCCCGUUAAAAUCGAGGAAGGUGUUGACAUCAACACUUCUACAACAACGUCCGGGGCAUCAGCAUUGUUGCACUCGAGCAGUGAUGACACCACUAAUCGUAAUAAUCAUGCCGAAGGUCUUUUAGAUAUACAAAUUGUUGAUGACAGCUUAGCUAACGAUGGGAGUCGUUGCGGGCGGGGGGAUGAUGUUGUCAAUGAUGGUGUUGCUAAUGCUGGUGUUGAUACAAAUCCUGUAUCUGCUGCCGGUAGUAGUAGUGGCAGUGAUGCGGCGGGUAGUAUUGUAGGUGUCUGUGGGGUUGGUAGUGUACGGGUUGGCAAUCGCCUACUAAGUGUUGAUGUCUCCAAGACCAUUAAAUUGGAAUCGCUAGAUAAGUAGUUUGUUUCGUUGCGUCAAGGAGCAAUGAAUAUGAAUGGGAUUUAG